CAAAGCUCAUGCCUUCCUGUUAGUCUGGGAGAAGUUCACUCGGAUCAGCUGAUCCCCACUGACAACAGGAGAGGAGGAAGCACGGGAGACAGCGAAGGAGGAGGGGGUCGGAGAUGGAGAUGAGGAUAGAUCCGCCGGUACCUUGAGGAACAGUUUCCGUCUCCACCGGCGCCCCGUGGUCCCCCGACUCUGCCUAGCUGCGGCCGAGCUGCUCCGUGAUAUCCUCUGAAAUCCAGACUUGAAGUUGGAUUAAAUUGAAAAGCUCCUGACCACUCUCUUUCAUUACGAAAACCUGGUUGAGGCCCAGCCGAUGUACCCACCUCAGUGAACCCAUCAGCUUUCUCUCAGAUAGCCAUAAAAGACCCUUUCAAGUUAAUUUUGACCAAUCGUUUGCCUGCACUUUAUGGGGGGCGAAACCAUCAAAUUAAAUCAACGUUGCUGCUGAUACAGGAGUCUCACAGGCAGAAAAUUAAAAAAUUCGAGCACUUGUGAGUGUGCAAAGAAUUCUAAUAGGACACUGAAGGGGUUAUUGUUGUUUUUGUUUUGUUUUGUUUUGUUUGAGGUCUUCAGUACCUGUGGAAGUCUCUUCAGACUCCAAGGCUUUGUCUUCACUCCUGGGAAAUAUUUAGUGACUGUUAUAUGGUGGGUGAUUUCUUUACCAAUCUGAGUAUGAGUACGCAGAUUCCCUCAGCAGAGAAGGGGCUGAAUCCAGGGCUGAUGUGUCAGGAAAGUUACGCUUGCGGCGGGACUGACGAGGCAGUCUUUGAGUGUGACGAGUGCUGCAGCCUGCAGUGUCUCCGCUGCGAGGAGGAGCUGCACCGGCAAGAGCGCCUGAAGAACCAUGAGCGGAUCAGACUCAAACCCGGCCACAUCCCUUACUGUGACCCCUGCAAGGGCCCCAAUGGGCAUUCCCCGGGUGUGAGGCAGAGAGCAGCUGUGAGGUGCCAGGCCUGUAAAAUCAACUUGUGCCUGGACUGCCAGAAGAGGACUCAUUCUGGGGGGAACAAAAGGAGACACCCCGUUACUAUGUACCAUGUUACUAAGGUCCGGGAGUGGCUGGAGGAAGGCGAGAUGGAUGAGGAGACUAAGAGGAGGAAGAUGACUGAGAAGGUUGUCAGUUUCCUCCUAGUAGAUGAAAAUGAAGAGAUUCAGGUAAAAAAUGAAGAGGACUUUAUUAAGAAAUUGGACUGCAAACCUGAUCAGCAUCUGAAGGUGGUUUCCAUUUUCGGAAAUACUGGUGAUGGAAAGUCUCAUACUCUCAAUCAUACUUUCUUUUAUGGCCGUGAAGUCUUCAAAACCUCCCCUGCCCAGGAGUCCUGCACUGUGGGAGUGUGGGCCGCCUACGACCCAGUCCACAAAGUAGCAGUGAUAGACACAGAAGGGCUACUGGGGGCUACGGUGAAUCUAAGCCAGAGAACACGGCUGCUGCUUAAGGUUCUGGCCAUCUCAGACCUCGUCAUCUAUCGAACUCAUGCAGACCGGCUGCACAAUGACCUCUUCAAGUUCCUUGGGGAUGCCUCAGAAGCUUAUCUCAAGCACUUCACCAAGGAGCUCAAGGCUACCACUGCCCGCUGUGGCCUGGAUGUCCCCUUGUCCACCCUGGGCCCUGCUGUUAUCAUUUUCCAUGAGACUGUGCACACUCAGCUGCUGGGCUCUGAUCAUCCCUCAGAGGUGCCAGAGAAGCUCAUACAGGACCGGUUCCGAAAACUGGGCCGCUUCCCCGAAGCCUUCAGUUCCAUUCACUACAAGGGAACGAGGACUUACAAUCCCCCCACAGACUUCUCUGGGCUCCGGCGCGCUUUGGAGCAGCAGCUAGAGAACAACACUACACGUUCUCCCCGGCACCCGGGCGUCAUCUUCAAAGCCCUGAAGGCACUGAGCGACCGCUUCAGUGGAGAGAUCCCCGACGACCAGAUGGCACACAGCUCCUUUUUUCCAGAUGAGUACUUCACCUGCUCCUCCUUGUGCCUCAGCUGUGGGGCUGGGUGUAAGAACAGCAUGAAUCAUGGGAAAGAAGGAGUCCCUCAUGAAGCCAAGAGCCGCUGCAGAUACUCCCACCAGUAUGACAACCGAGUUUAUACCUGCAAGGCCUGCUACGAGAGAGGCAAGGAGGUCAGCGUAGUGCCCAAGACAUCUGCUUCUACUGACUCCCCCUGGAUGGGUCUUGCAAAAUAUGCCUGGUCUGGGUAUGUGAUCGAAUGUCCGAACUGUGGCGUGGUCUAUCGGAGCCGGCAGUACUGGUUUGGGAACCAAGAUCCUGUGGAUACGGUGGUGCGGACAGAGAUUGUACAUGUGUGGCCUGGAGCCGAUGGAUUUCUGAAGGACAACAACAAUGCUGCCCAGCGCCUCCUGGAUGGGAUGAACUUCAUGGCUCAGUCGGUCUCAGAGCUCAGCCUUGGGCCCACCAAGGCGGUCACGUCCUGGCUGACGGAUCAGAUCGCCCCUGCCUACUGGAGGCCCAACUCGCAGAUCCUGAGCUGCAGCAAAUGUGCUACGUCCUUUAAAGAUAACGACACCAAGCAUCACUGCCGGGCCUGCGGGGAGGGCUUCUGUGAUGGCUGCUCAUCUAAGACCCGGCCUGUGCCCGAGCGGGGCUGGGGCCCUGCACCUGUGCGGGUGUGUGACAACUGCUAUGAAGCCAGCAAUGUCCACUUAGAUGUUACUGAGGCGCAGGCAGACGACGAAGCUGGGACGCUGAUUGCUCGGAAGGUGGGCGAGGCCGUGCAGAACACUUUGGGAGCUGUGGUGACAGCCAUUGACAUACCACUAGGUGGGCCUGGCAGUGCUUCUCUUGGGUGUAGGGUCUGGUUAAGGAUGCAGCCAGGCCGGCAUACUGGGUGCCUGACCACGAGAUACUGCACUGCCACAACUGCCGGAAGGAGUUCAGCAUCAAGCUUUCCAAGCACCACUGCCGGGCCUGCGGACAGGGCUUCUGUGACGAGUGCUCCCAUGACCGCCGGGCUGUCCCCUCUCGAGGCUGGGACCAUCCUGUCAGAGUCUGCUUUAACUGCAAUAAAAAGCCUGGUGACCUUUAACCCCAGCUCCCUCUCCGAGUCCUUCACAGUUCCUUAGGUUCUCAGGGUUAGAAACAGAAGUCUCGAGGUAGGCUCUCCUCCCAGUCACCUAUUGUGGUGUGUGUCCUCUCUACUCAUCCCGGGCCACUUUCCCGUGGCGCGGGUGGGGCAGCUGGCAGCUGGCGUGAGCCUGGCUGCAGGCCUGAAAGCGUGAACCCCUCAGGGCAGGGGACUGAGCAGUUAUUAUAGCAAAGGGGAAUAAACCUGAAUCCAUUACAUUUAUUUCAGUUAAAAAUAAUACAUACAUAUAUAUGCACACAUACAUACAUAUAUAUAUAUAUAUAUGAAAGGAAUGUGCAGUCUAUUCAGGCUGCUGCUGGCUGUGAAGACUUACACAGUCUGUCCCUGGUACAGGGAUAUGGUGACAGUGGCAGCAGGUCUUCCCCACAAAACCAAGCCAGGUCCAAAGCCACUGUGUUGCUAAUUACCUUUUGCUGCUGCUCUCUUGAGCUUUCAGAGCAUCUCCUUUCCUUGCCUUUUCCCAUGCCUCCCAGCUGCCUGGGGGAGUGAGCUGCCCAGUCACUUCCUGCUCAGGACAGUUUGAAGGGAAUCUGCUUGGGCCCUCUGAAGUUGGAGCCCAACUCUGGGCCUAAGCCUGUUUCAGUCAGAGACCCCCCAACAGCAUGCAGGUCACCAGAGUGGGUGGGGCUGAGGGGUGGGGUCCUCGGCCCUGACAAGUCAAAGUGCAGGUGACGAGAAGUCCCUGGCUCAUACCUAGGGGGUGUGUGGAGGGAAAUGGGCCUUCCCCAGCAGAGUUCCCUGCUUGUUGACGCUUCUGUGUACCUACUAUGCUCGCCCAAAGGCCACGUCCCACUCCUAAACAGAGCACUUGCUUCCUUCUCUCUCUAGCCCCCUCAAGCCCAUUACCUGUUUCAGAGUGUUGCACUAGGAUUCUUACUGCUUAUUUUGAAGUGUCUUAAUUCUUUGUUCCCUGACACAUGGCCCCUCUAGCUAUUGGAGGGGUGAUCAUGAGAAAUCUUCCAGGGAAGCAGCACAGAAUGGACUGUUAGCUUUUCUUUAAGCAUAUAUAAAUAUUUCAAUAGAUAAGAAAAAAUUCUAUCGCUCUGGUUCUUGCAAGAGAAGUCAAAUGAACUACUGUUUCUCAUCAAGAGCUGGGACGCCCAUAUCUGUCGUGACUGGAGAGAGACUGUUGUGCUGAAAUCUUGUCAUCCUGGUGGAUUUUAUCUUUGAUGGCCAAAAAUGAAGAAUUAGAAGUGGCAUAGUUCUUGACUGAUCGGUGGGCUGAGCUUCAGGGAGGUACGUGGCAGUCAUUCCUGGCUGGUCAGUGUGACGUGAGCCCUGGAACGCACCGGUCCUCCUCAGAACUGCUCCCUCACUUGUCUCCUGUGGCCCAGGGACUGACGCCCCACCCUAGUACUGCAUAUGAUCAAAUUCGCCGUUAUAAAAGAAUCUUCCUGCUG